UGACAACGAUCAAAACAUUCCAUGAAUCCUUCUUUCAAAUUCAUUCUUUGCUUUCCUAUAUGCAUUUUAUAUUUCUUUAUUCUUUUCAUAUUAAACAUAGGCGGUAUUCAGUUUGAGAAAUUCAAAACGUUUGGUUCGUGCUCGGGCCCAUUUCAACCAGAUCAUUGCAUGUGUUAAGUGAAUGCGCUCGAUUAGCUGUGUUACAAAUUGUGCUCGCAGUUUGAGUUAAUGUGUAUAAUUAAAGAUAUUUUGAUGCUCCGGUAAUAAGGUGCGAUUUGUAAGAAAAUGACAGACUGGAUACGUAUAAUUUUCAUCUUUGGGAUAUUUGUAUGUGCCUGUGAAGCCGGCGAGUGUUGCAAAGCAUAUUAUGAUUUGACCUUCACCUACCACGACCAAACAUGGUGUGACACUUACUGUUGUGGUACCUCUGCCCUGGGGGCACUCGAGUGCUGUGACAGUAUCUUUCUAGUGGCCCCUUCCGAAGACAGGACUGGGUUCUGCAUCGACUUCUUUACCAAGAAUAUAUGGGCUCCAAUCUUAAUAGCAGUGGGAGGGUUUGGCGCUCUGCUAACAUGCAUAGUUUGUUGUUAUUGUUGCUGUAGCCACAGCAACAGGUCUACAGGAACUGUUGUUGCCCCAGCACAACAGCCAUAUCAUACAAACGUUAUGCUACUAAAUCCUACAUCCUCGCACCCGUCACAACAGCCUGGAUAUAACCCGUCAGGAGAAGCUAUUCCCGUCCAUCCACCACCGGCAGUUGCAUACCCUGUACCUGCGAAUCAAGAGACACAAGAAAAACAUCCGUUUGAAUCAUGAAUAAACCCGGAACUAACACGGCUAUACGGAAAACCGAAUGUGAUAUUUUAAAAUACAUUUGACAUUCACCAAACUAAUUUUUAUUAUGUGAAAUAUAUCUGGAUUACAUUUCCUUACAUCGCUAUGUAAAAACUAUGAAUGGCGUUAUUUAUAUUGAAUAAAACUAAACUGUUUA